AUGUUUUCAUGUCUUGUUAUGUUUUUGUACUGUUCAGCUGAAGAGGUGUACUUAGGAUUUACCGACACCGAAAAGAGCUUAACUGAUAUUCUCAAGUUUCCUUCGUCGUGCGAGGGUAGGUUCAGUGAUUUUUACGAUACAAUCAAGGAUGUUGAUGAGAAGACGUUAGAAAUAAUUCGUGACUAUAAGAUAGAAAAGAUCACGAGAAAAGAGGCUGAAGAGCGUUUUCUAAAGGUCAAUGGACCAUGUGAUCAGCAGGAGCACAAGGAUGGUCAUGUGGCAACGAAGAAGAAAAAGGAUGAGUCAGGAGAGGAGAGCGAGGACGUAUUUAUGAUUACAUUGUUUGUUCAAAAAUCGUUGUAUCUAAAGGUGGUCAGCAUCUCCAUAUUUAAUGAAUUGCCACCGUUUACUACUACCGAGAUGCACCAUAUGGUGAAAUAUUUAUAUUUUUUUCUCGACAACAAACGACAGAUGCAAUAUGCAGUGCUAUUUUGUAUCGGAAACAACGCCAUGUCGUAUGAAGAGCUACUGGAAAUGGAUGAUAAGGAAGAAAGUCCUAGCGCGAAGGGUUUAUCGUCGCUUCAUAUGCUUUUGCUCGAAGCAAGAGAUAAUUUCAUGUACAUCUACAGGGAUGGGCAUGGUUGUACAGCACAAUCGUUGCCUUCCGCAAAUCAUGGCGAGUUUGAUAGCAGGAUUCCCCUUGUAAUCGAUCGUGAUCACCCAUGCUUGGGAGCAUGCGUCGAGGGCAUUUUCUUAGACAUCGAUUUUCUGCUUAAGAACAGGAAGGACAUUACGCAACAAUAUUCUACUUGGAGGAGAGCGUAA